AUGUCGGACUUUGAAGGCGACGAAAUGGACGUCGAUGCGCCCGCCAUCGAGUUCAGCGCAUCCAACAUGGCUGCGAAAGGCAAGCGCAGUGCCGCGAAUCUGCCUGUUGAGGCCGAGGACACCCUUCCCUGGGUCGAGAAAUACCGCCCCGAUACCCUUGACGAUGUGUCCGGCCACCAGGACAUUCUUGCGACCAUUAACAAAUUCGUUGACUCCAACAGGCUACCACACCUGCUUCUCUACGGUCCUCCUGGUACGGGUAAAACGUCUACAGUUCUCGCGCUGGCAAGGCGAAUCUAUGGCAAAAAGAACAUGCGGCAGAUGGUCCUGGAGCUCAACGCCAGUGAUGACAGAGGCAUUGACGUCGUGCGCGAGCAAAUCAAGACCUUCAGCAGCACGAAGCAAAUCUUCUCGUCGGCACCUACAGCCGCGUCGGGCUCACCGUCCCUCGCGGGCUUCAAGCUGAUCAUCCUGGACGAGGCGGACGCGAUGACGGCGACGGCGCAGAUGGCGCUGCGACGGAUCAUGGAAAAGUACACGGCCAACACGCGCUUCUGUAUCAUCGCCAACUACACGCACAAGCUGUCGCCGGCGCUGCUGUCGCGCUGCACGCGCUUCCGCUUCAGCCCGCUGCGCGAGGCCGACAUCCGGCGGCUGGUCGACGAGGUCAUCGACAAGGAAGACGUGCGCAUCACGCCCGACGCGACCGACAGCCUCGUGCGCCUCAGCAAGGGCGACAUGCGCCGCGCGCUCAACGUCCUGCAGGCCUGCCACGCGAGCAGCACCCCGCUCAAGAAACCCGGCCAGAAGGAGGCGAACGAUGCCGAACGCGAGACUAUCACCGAGACGACCAUCUACGAUUGCAUCGCUGCGCCCCACCCCGAGGACGUCAGGUUCGUCCUGCGUACCCUGCUCGAGACUAGCAAUGUCCGCUCCUGCCUCCAGGAUAUCCAGCGCCUCAAGGCUGCUAAGGGUCUAGCGCUCGCGGAUAUACUUUCCGCGCUGUCCGAGGAGUUGAUCAAGCUCGACGUCCCGCCGCAGACGCGCGUGACCUGGAUGGAGGGCUUGAGCGAGGUCGAGUACAGGCUGAGUGGUGGUGGAAGUGAGGUGGUGCAGACAGGUGGGAUGGUUGGUGUUGUGAGGAAUGGGGCGGAAUUGGCUGGUGUGAAGGCGAAAUAA